AUACGCUCGAAGAAAGCAAAUCAACGCAACUACCCGAGACUCCAAUCCACAGAAUGUCCGACCAGAAGCGAAUCUACUACACCUACAAGUCCAUCGAGGCAUGGAAGAAAUACGAUGAGAAGGUGCGGGAGAUCAUUGUCAAGGAUGCAGGCACUGAUGUCUGGAUCUACAAUCGGGCGCUGCCUCCGACCGGUUAUCCUCCGGCGCUGAGUCCCGAGACGAUUAAGAAGUUGAAGGACUUGAGUGAGGAUGUUGUGAUUGAGGAGGUUCAGGACGAUUAGUUUGGGGUUGACUUUGUUUGGCUUCAUUGCCAGUGACUGGGAUCGGGAAGGGUAGCUAGCUGUCUUAACAUCCAUGCACGUAUGAGGCCUGCC